UUCGCUUUUCCCGUAUACUCCUCGCUGCCUCUUCUAUCUGAUGAGGAGCUGGAGGUGGGGGGCGACGUCGACGAUGACAAAGAGUUUCUUCUCGUUUUCGGAAUCCAGCUCUGGCACACACGUCCAGAGCGCGUCGAUGGUGUUUGGAAUCCAUUCUAUACGGUACAGUCUCGGGCGGGGACUCGUGAUCAUAGUAUGUAUGACACGCGAGAAAAGUCGGAAGGGCCUUCAGUUAGUGAAGUCAUCGAGAUGUUACGGUAGGGGCAAGCGACUGAUCGUGAAACAAAUAAACUCCGGACUUCUUAAGUGCGCGCUAUGUACUUCUUUAAAUUGAUAAUGGGUGUGCAUUCGCGGUCUACACAACUUGUAGUGAGUCCGCUUUCCCCUUCUGACCGCCCUGCUUUAUUAACACAUGCGGUCGGUCUUGGUCGGGAUCGUUCUUCAUGCGCCUUUUACUUUUAGAGAAUCAUGUAGAAAGACGAGGAGCAGCAUCCCCUUGCGGGGUUUCAAAUUUAGCCUGAUGAAGUUGCUCACGACGAGCGGCGUCUGGGCGGUGGGUGAUACACUGUCACUGUCAGUAGAAAUACGAGUUGCAGUCUCUAACCUUAAAAAUAUCUGGCUCAGCAAGCGAUGCCACGACUGCAGGCAUAGCGUCGAAGCUCAUAGUUCGG